AUGCUAAGGGCUUGCUUCAGACGCUUUUCAACCAGUGCAACUCACAUGCAAGCGGAGUCUCCAAUUUCUUUUGCUGGAGUAGCCAAGACAGUUGCAACCAGUCAUGAAAUGUCCAAUGUCAUUAAUCCCUCCAGUGCUACGUCGACCUCCACGGAGAAAAAUAUCAAGAGAGUUAAUGAACAUACUGUCAAAUAUGUGCUUAACUGUCUAUUCACGAAGAAUAACACCCACUUUACCUAUUGCGCAGUCGUGGAUGAUUUGAACUAUCUGAGAAACAACGCCAAUGCUUCUUACAACGAGAAGUACCUACACUAUCUAAAACUUCCUCAUAAGGUGAAGUUUAGACUCUCUACAGGGAAUCUUGGUUUCCGCAAGGCUGCGCGUGGUGAGUAUGAAGCUGCAUUCCAAACUAGCUCCCGAUUAUUCCAGAUAAUGCAAGAAAAGAGACUGGUGGAUAGAAGCAUUGAGAUCGUGAUGAAAGAUUUUGGCAAAGGCAGGGAGGCAUUUAUUGCAGCAUUGAACGGUAAAGAAGGAAAUAUGGUGCGUAAAAAUGUGGUGAGAAUAAAUGAUGCAACUCCACUGAAAUUUGGUGGUGUUAGAGCUCCAAGACAAAGGAGACUAUGA